AUGCAGUUCGAAGGUGCAUUCAGAGAGGACGGCAAAGGCGAGAGUAUCUGGGAUUUUUUCAGCAACAACCCAGGCGCAACCCCUGCCAAGAAAUCAGUUCACAAGAACGCGACUGGCAACAUUUCUACUGAUUUUUAUCACCGGCACAAAGAGGAUUUGAUCUUGGCUAAGGAGCUUGGGGCUACAGAGAUGAGAAUGUCAAUCUCAUGGACGCGCAUUUUUGCAAACGGCGAUGGUGCCGUCAUUCAAGCGGGUCUAAACCACUAUAUGGAAGUCAUUGACUUCUCGCUUGCCAUUGGACUUGAGCCGGUCUUGACUUGCUAUCACUGGGACCUGCCUCAGGCUCUCCAAGAUCGCUUUGGCGGAUGGAUCAGCGAGGCAAUUGUGCCCAUCUUUGCAAACUAUUCGGCAACAUUGUUCAAGGCGUUUGGUGACAAAGUCACAUACUGGACCACCAUCAAUGAACCGAAGACUUUCUGCUGGGAGGGGUACGGGACCGGAUACCACGCUCCCGGUAUCAACGACAUGGUAGGUUCAUAUACAUCCCACCUUCAUCAAACCCUGGGAGUUUAA